AUGCCCGUUGCUUCCAAACACCGCAAAACCCCUCCAAAUGCAGAUGAACCAACACCUUCGCUUUCGAUCACAACCCACCACGGUGCCAACACAGUCGAAGAACCUGAGAUUGAGGUCGUUGCAGUCAGAGGACCAAAAUUCUCUUGCAACAUAUUCAAUGAACCACCAAGCCCUACACCUAUACCUCCAGUAUCGAAAAUCAUCUCACCUUCCACCGGCGAUGUAGUAGCUGCAAAUGAGGACAUUUCGUUCAGCAGUUCACCCCCUUCCAUCAGUGAGCAUCCUGCUCUUCGUGACAGUGCACCAGCGGCCAGCAAUCAACCACAUAUUCCCACGGCGGAGGCAGUCACCUUGGCUCCUGGCCCAGUCACAAAAAGGCGGACGGAAACCACCGGUCUGGAUGAGCUAACUUUACCGACACCUUUAUGCAAAGAUAAACAUACAAAAGCUAGCAAGGCAAGAACAAGUGUCUGGCGGAAAAUUGUACGAUCACCUCACAACACCAAACGUACAAGGCCGAGCUUGUUGCAUAUUUGGGUACAGUGA